AUGUCAAUGGUGGGGACGUCUCGACUGCUGCGGCAGGCAAUCCAACCCGGACCAGCAGUGCUCCUCUUGGUGGCGGAGCUCUACUUUGACGUACCACUCGACUACCGCGACCCCCACGGCGAGAAGCUCCGGCUGUUUGCGCGGGCCGCGUUUCGCUACGAGAAGCCGAUAGUGCCGACAUUUCCGUUCAGCGAAGGCGGCAGCACGAGCAACGGCGGGGUGGGCACGGCGAUCAGCAACAAGACGCCCAAGGUGUACAAGGACAGCCUGCAGGAGCUCCGGGACUUGUUUACCAAACCAUGGCUGGUGUACCUCGAGGGUGGACCCGGCUCGGGCAACCGAGAGCCGCAGGACUAUGCGUUCACGCGGACGAUGCUCUCGCGCGGGUACCAGCUGCUGUUCCUCGACUACCGCGGCACGGGCAUGAGCUCGGCGAUCUGUGCCGAAACACUGAAGCGGCGAGGCGGCCCGGACGCGCAGGCGGCGUACCUGCGCAAGUUCCGGGCAGACAGCAUUGUGCGGGACCUGGAGGCGGUGCGCAAGUGCCUGACAGAGGACCAGCCGGCGUCGAAAAAGCGGUGGUCGCUUCUGGGCCAGUCAUUUGGCGGGUUUGUGAGCCUGACGUACCUGUCGUUCUACAGCGACGGCCUGCGCGAGGUGUUUAUGACGGGCGGCAUGGCGCCGCUGGGCAAGACGGCCGACGACGUGUACCGGGCGACGUACCGCAAGGCGGUGGAACGCAACCGGGCGUACUUUGGCAAGUUCCCCGAGGACGCAGACGCACUGCAGCGCAUCUCGCAGCACCUGUACAGCCAGCCCGACCACCGUCUGCCGCUGCCGAGCGGCGGCUUCCUGACGUUCAAGCGGGUGCUGACGUUUGGGUACAUGUUUGGGUUCCACGGCGGCGUGGACGCGACGCACACGCUGCUGCUGCGGAUGCGGCACGACAUUGAGCGCGUGGGCGUCCUGACGCGCCCGACCCUGGUGCAGGUGGAGCAGUUCUUCCCACUGGACGUGAUGCCGCUCUAUGCGGUCCUGCACGAGCCCAUCUACUGUUUCAAGAAGGGCGUGUCGUCGCGGUGGGCGGCGCAGCGCGUGGGCGUGGGCGCCGGAACAGACCUCGUGUCCCAGGGCGACGAGGAGACGAAGCACGAGUUCCCGCAGUUCAGCUGGCUCGCGGAUGACGUGGUGGCGCCGGAGAGGCAGCAGAUUGGCAGCUCGAUCCUGCUGAGCAGCGAGAUGAUCUACCCGUUCAUGUUCGACACAUACCCCGAGCUCAUGGAGAUGAAGGAGGCGGCGGAGCUGGUGGCGGCGUACGACGACUGGGAGGAGCUGUACGACGAGGACCAGCUGAAGAUGAACCGGGUGCCCGUGUACGCGGCCACCUUUAUCGACGACCUGUAUGUGGACUACGGCAUAGCCAAGGAGACGGCCGGCAAGAUUCGCAACAUCAAGGUGUACGAGACGAACGGGCUGUACCACAACGCGAUCCGGGCACGGACGGACGAGGUCCUGACGCAGCUGUUUCGUCUGCGGGACGACACGAUAGACUAG